AUGGCGGACACUCCCACUGGGAGCCGCGCAGCACGAAAUGCCGCCCAAACACCCAGCGGCCGCGUUAAUGUUGAGCCUCUAUCGUCGUCAAGGAGGCCAGUACAUACGCCCUUGAAUAGACCUACACCUAGAGAACCCACGACUUCGGGCCGAAGGCCGGCUACCAAUGCGCAAACUCCACAUACAGCAGUCGCUCUGAGAGCUCAAGUCUUGCGCCGAGCGAACAUGUUGACACCGGGCAAGAAUAGACGCCAGAGCGGCAUGGACCAGAGAGAUUCACCAUUUCACGCGCUCCAACUUCUAGGCAAACGUCUUGCCCCUACUACAAACGUCAUAGCAUCUUCCUCUCCGGGAGACACUGCCCCUUCUAGCGCUUCUCGAGCACCUGGACGUGAUACUGAUGACGACGAACAAGAACUUCCUGAUAUUCGGCGGCGAGAGCUGGAAGAAGAGGAGCCUGAACUCACCCGACCAAGGCUAUCCAUGGCCAUAGAUGAUGAUGACGACACGAUGCCUAUACCACAACGAUCGGUUCUGAUUGAUAGCGAAGAGCUUCCUCUACCCCAAGAUGAAACCGAAGUUGAGAUGCCCGUAAGAGCGGACAACAGGCGAAUUUCAGCUUUCAGUGUUCGUGGCGAUCCCUUCGACGAGACUGGAGAGCCAUCGGAUUUCUUAAACUUGGGGGACGGCAUCUCUCUCGGCCCCAGUGUCGACACCUCGUACUACCAGGCUGAAGAUACAACUGUAGUGUCUGGCAUGGGUGACCAGAGUGGUGUUGGCUUCACCAUGCCUCCUGGAUACGAGGAUCAAACCACGUUUCACAUGUCUGAGCCGGAUGAUGGCCUGGCACCAACAUCACCUAUUGAGGGUGCUCGAGCUCCGAACGCGGCAUCGCGGCGAACUGGCGAUUUCGGAACUACUACGGGCGAGCCAUCCUUUGCACUUGGUUCCGACGAUGGCUUUGACGCUGGACCUGCCUUUGACGACGGCAUGGAUUUUGAUCCAAUGGUUGUGGCACCUUCAAGGCGUGAGAGCACAAAACGUCUAAGUCUAAUGCGUCUGCCUGAUGAAGAUGACCCUGAUGCAGAACUACUCGUCGAUGAUGACACUGGACCCAGAAGAACUUCCCGUCAAAUACAGACCACCUUGAAGAUGGGCCGUGGUAGGCCAAAAGGGUCAGUGACGAAGUAUAAGAAAAAGAUCAAGAAGCUCUCACAGAAUGGAACCGAGUAUCCUCCAUUGCCCCCCGCAUUUGUCAAGAGAGUUGCUCAGACAGCCCUGCAAUCGUCUGGCCUCAGCAACACGAGGGUACCUGGCGACGUGGUAACUGCUCUGACGCAGGCAUCUGACUGGUUCUUUGAACAAGUUGCAGACGAUCUGGCGGCCUAUGCUGAACACGCCGGGCGUGAAUCAAUAGAUGAGCGGGAUGUUAUGGCGUUAAUGCGAAGGCAACGUCAAAUCACUUCCAAUGCGACGUUGUUCUCUCUUGCACAGCGACAUCUGCCACGCGAACUACUUCAAGAACUGCGGAUGCCACGCGAUGACGACGAAUAG